AUUAUUUGAUUUAUAACAUCACCAAAAAUGCCUGUCGAAUGGACGGAUCUUUCUGAAGAAAUAAAGAAAAAAGUUGCGACUAAGCUGGAUUUUAUGACAAGACACUCUGAAAAGCACAUCCCGCUCGGAGCGGGCUCUUGUGAACACCGGUCAAUUCUACGUGCCACGUGUCAGAUUUGGAUACCGAAACUCAAAUGCGUUGAUUAUGAUCUACACCGGAAUUGAGCAGUUUUUGAGAUUGGAGUUCACCACUUGCAUCGAAGGAACUAUGAUUCAUAAAUCCGAAUCCACAUGGGACCGAUCAGAAUGUCUGACAAAAAUGGUGUCAAUCAAGGACCCAUUACAAUGUGCACUUUCAAUCUUCAAGUCCUUGCUCUGCGGAGAUUCGAUAACGAUUGGUGCUAUUGAAUGGGAUGUUGACCCGUCCAAAGAAUUCUACAAUCAACUCAUUAGCAUUAUGGAUACGAGCAAAAUUAUGGUGAAGAAAUGGGUUAUGUUGAAGGAUAGUUGUAUGCUCCAAGAAACUUUGGUACCGAUGCUGUGCGAUAUGGAAAAACUAGAACAGUUGGAACGAGUUGCCAUUGAGAUAUCCUCGAAAAAUUUGAUUCCUGUCAUGAUUUUGGAGAUGAAAGGAGACGACUGUCGGUUCAAAUACAAGCCUUAUACGGUGACUAAAAUUGCAAUGUCGUGUGAAGUUUCUGAAAUCCUUCUAUUUCAAAAGACGUGCUCCAGAACAGUGCUCGAGAGCAACGACGUUGCAGUCGCCACGUGCCGUCAACUUUCCGCGCCUGGAACACCAGCUCGCAAGCCCAACUCGAACCGACACGAGAAAAACGAAUGUUUUCAGUUUUCCAAUCUAUCGAAAUGUGGGCGAUGGGCUCAAAUUGCGUCUACGAAGAACGUGAAAUUGUUGAUUGAUAAUUAUGAGAAGGACCAAUGCGGGCUCUCGUGGCUCUGUAAAAACUGCUCCGACGCUUUCGAUCACUGGUACCAUGUGAAUCUGCCACGUCGUAUCAUCCAGGAACCUCUCUGGACAGGUGUCUUCGGUUUUGCGGGUGCAGAUUUCGAUAAGGAGAUGAAAAGUUUGAAGCUGGAAAGAGACGAGAAGGAUAAGGGAAAGCAACAGAAGAAGAAGAAGAAGGUGGUGGUGACACCCUCUUGGGGAUUCCGGUCUGAUAGUUAUGUACCGUCGAAUUUGGAGAAAAAUCGGGAGAAGAAGAAUCGGAAGAAGGAGAAGAGAAUGGCCAGAAAUGCGGUGGAGCUCGCGAAGCCAAAUACUGAAGUUUCAGUGCUUGCGGAGCUCAAGAAGCCAUUAGAAGCAGGUCCAAAGCUCCCGGAUGCUCUUGAGCCUGAAAUUCCUAAGCCUGUGAAGACCGUUAAUCUUGUAGUAGCCAAGGCUGAAGUUCCAAAGCCCAAACAGCCUACAGAACCCAAGCCAGAAUCCAUCAAGUCGACUGAGAUCAAGCCAAAAGCCCCAAAGCUCCAGAAGCCAAAACAGCCUACAGAAGUCAAGCCUGAAGUCCCAAAGCCCACGGAGCCUCGUAAAACUGUCGGAGACAAGCCGAAAGCUCCGGAGCCUAAAACUGCAAAACUUGCCGAGCCAGCUAAAUCCGUAGAGACUGAGAUCAAGCCAAAAGUCCCAAAGCUCAAAGAACCCGAAAAGCCUACAGAGGCCAAGCCAGCACCCAUCAAGUCGACUGAGAUCAAGCCAAAAGCCCCAAAGCUCAAGGAGCCCGAAAAGCCUGCAGAACCCAAGCCAGAAUCCAUCAAGUCGACUGAGAUCAAGCCAAAAGCCCCAAAGCUCAAGGAACCCGAAAAGCUUGCAGAACCCAAGCCAGAAUCCAUCAAGUGGACUGAGAUCAAGCCAAAAGCCCCAAAGCUCAAGGAGCCCGAAAAGCCUGCAGAACCCAAGCCAGAAUCCAUCAAGUCGACUGAGAUCAAGCCAAAAGCCCCAAAGCUCAAGGAGCCCGAAAAGCCUGCAGAACCCAAGCCAGAAUCCAUCAAGUCGACUGAGAUCAAGCCAAAAGCCCCAAAGCUCAAGGAGCCCGAAAAGCCUGCAGAACCCAAACCAGAAUCCAUCAAGUCGACUGAGAUCAAGCCAAAAGCCCCAAAGCUCAAGGAGCCCGAAAAGCCUGCAGAACCCAAGCCAGAAUCCAUCAAGUCGACUGAGAUCAAGCCAAAAGCCCCAAAGCUCAAGGAACCCGAAAAGCCUACAGAGGACAAGCCAGCACCCAUCAAGUCGACUGAGAACAAGCCAGAAGCUCCAAAGCUCCAGAAGCCCAAACAGCCUACAGAACCCAAGCCAGAAUCCAUCAAGUCGACUGAGAACAAGCCAGAAGCUCCAAAGCUCCAGAAGCCAAAACAGCCUACAGAAGUCAAGCCUGAAGUCCCAAAGCCCACGGAGCCUCGUAAAACUGUCGGAGACAAGCCGAAAGCUCCGAAGCCUAAAACUGCAAAACUUGCCGAGCCAGCUAAAUCCGUAGAGUUCAUGCCCAAAGCUUCACAGCUCCGUGAGCCUGUCAAGCCUACAGUAGUCGAGCCUGAACAAAAUUUGAAGCUAUUGGAUAAGCCUGCCCAGCCUGAAAUUGCCAAGCUCGAUGAGCCUCACAAGCCCACCGAGGAAGUUCUAGAGAGGUGCAAGGCGCUUGACAAGCUCUGGGAGCAAUUUUGCGGUGGUCAGAUCUGACAUCGUAACCUACAGGAAUUCGACAUCUACUCUAGCU